AUGCUUUCAAGCUCGGAAAACAUUUACAACGAUGAAAAUAUUAAUCCUGAUAUAACUACCAAUGAUAAUGACGAUUUAGCGAUUUCUAGUAAUUCAUCAUCAAACAAAAGAAAACAUUAUAAAUCCCAUCCAUCGUUAAUAAUAAAUACAAAAACUUUCCCUUCAACUUCCACUGGCAACAACGGUAGUUCUAUUAAUAUCAUUCCUCCUCCUACUACUACUAUUUCAACUGCUACCUCAGCAACAAAUGCAUCCAUCAUUGCCUCCUCCAAUAACCACACCAACGCAUCUAUGUUGUUGCCGUCAUCUUUAAAAGUUCCUAAUCGUCUAAUAACUCCUGAAUCCUCUGAUUCUGAAUUUGAUAUAUCAGAAUUAGAUAACCUCAACACUCAUUUAACACUUCCUCCUUCAUUUGGUAAAAGAAACAAUAGUAUCAGCAACGACAACACUAAUCACCGUGUUGCCCGUCAUACAAUGGAAGGUGUCAUAAUCGAAGAAGAAAGAGAUCAACAACAACUGUAG